GGAGCAGUUGCUGGCCCAAGUGGUCCUAGCAAUUAUCAAAAAAGAAAGAUGCGAGACCAGCAAAAGAAGGGUAGGGCCAAAAUGGUGAACAAAGGAGCAAUCGACAGUCUUGCUGAUCAACUCGCUGCUUGCAGCUCAGAUGAUGAGAAAUAGGCCCUUCUCGUAAUAGCAGCGAAUUCAACGUCUUCAUGACAAAAUGGAUUGAAAACCACAGCCAACUGCAUGAAGACGUCCUGAAUGACGAAAUACGCGAACCAGACCCAAUCGAAGAUUUUUGCGGAAUGCUCAAUAGUUGGCUGAAGAAAAAAGGUCUCGUGAUGCCGUACUUUCUAUGCGUCGGAACUUCGGGUUCUGGCCCUUCGCAAAACUUCAUUAUGACCUGUCAGUGCCACCAUGUGGUAGACUUGGCUAUAGGUGAGGGCAAUACAGUAAAGAUGGCAAAAAACGUCGCUGCCGCUAAAAUGUACAAGACGCUGAUGGAAGCAGGAUGGUAUGGCGCAGGCCUUUAAUUUUUUUAUUACAUCUUUUCAUUUUGCGUUUAAUUUCGCUGUGCGAAUGUAAGAAAUACAAAUACUUCUCCAGAA